AUGCCUCGCCCGGGCAGAAACACCUACAGUGACCAGAAGCCUCCCUACUCCUACAUCUCCUUGACCGCCAUGGCGAUUCAGAGCUCCCCGGAGAAGAUGCUGCCCCUGAGCGAGAUCUACAAGUUCAUCAUGGACCGCUUCCCCUACUACCGAGAGAACACUCAGCGCUGGCAGAACUCCCUGCGCCACAACCUCUCCUUCAAUGACUGCUUCAUCAAGAUCCCGCGGCGCCCCGACCAGCCGGGCAAGGGCAGCUUCUGGGCACUGCACCCCAGCUGCGGGGACAUGUUCGAGAACGGCAGCUUCCUGCGACGCCGCAAGCGCUUCAAGGUGCUCAAGUCGGAGCACCUGGCGCCCAGCAAGCCGGCCGACGCAGCGCAGUACCUGCAGCAGCAGGCCAAGCUGCGCCUCAGCGCGCUGGCUGCCACCGGCACCCACCUGCCCCAGAUGUCCACGUACAACCUCGGCGUGUCCCAAUCCUCUAGCUUUAAGCACCCCUUCGCCAUCGAGAACAUCAUCGCCAGAGAGUACAAGAUGCCCGGCGGACUCGCCUUUUCCACCAUGCAGCCCAUGCCAGCUGCCUACCCCCUCCCCAACCAGUUGACUACGGUGGGCAGCUCCAUUGGCACUGGCUGGCCGCACAUGUACAGCUCCGGCAUGAUCGACACCGCCACCCCCAUCUCCAUGGCCAGCAGCGAGUACAGCGCGUACGGCGUGCCCAUCAAGCCGCUCUGCCACGAAUACGCAUGA